GCGACGUGUGAGAAUUACUGAGAAAUGUGAAUGUAAAUACAUAAAUUUCAUUAUCUUUUAUUAUGACGUUCCGAUUAUUUUUAAUUUUAUUUAUCCCGAACGCCGUCGUCUCCGAAACGAGUUUCUUUCGAUGUUGUUUGUUAUUGUUUUUGUUCCCGAAUAAUAAUAAUAUUGUUUUUUGAGUUUUUUUUUUCCUUCUCAUUAGUUGUCCCGCCGACACUUCCGGAUUUAAGAAUUCUGCCGCAACGGUUUCAAUCCGAAUUUAUAUUUUUGCCGUUUUUGCAGAACACUUCCGUCUCCACGAACGGUGCCUCACGCAGCCAAUAGGUCGCCGAUACGGUUAACAAGUUGGUUCGGAAACACGUCCUGUCCACGGUGUGUUGUCGGAUGGAUUUAUGUUGAACAAAUCCUCGCCAGUCGACCGAGUUGAAAUAAUGAACAUCGGCAGGAGUAAUCCCCACGGCAACCGACUAUUGUUCGCUGGCUUCAAUCAGGAUCAAGGAUGUUUUGCUUGUGGUAUGGAUAAGGGCUUUAGAGUUUACAACUGUGACCCUUUAAAAGAAAAAGUGCGCCAAGACUUUCCAGAUGGUGGCCUUGCCUUUGUAGAAAUGUUAUUUAGGUGUAACUAUUUAGCUAUGGUUGGUGGAGGCACAUCACCAAAAUAUCCAACAAACAGAGUUGUUAUCUGGGAUGAUCUGAAAAAAGAUUCUGUGAUUACUUUGGAGUUCAACACACACGUGCUAUGUGUGCGGCUAAGAAGAGAUCGAAUAGUUGUUGUGCUUGAAGGUGUCAUCAAAGUGUACACGUUCACGCAGACUCCACAGCAGCUACAUGUGUUUGAAACUCAUGCCAAUCCAAAAGGUUUGUGUAUGCUAUGCCCCAAUAGCAACAAUUCAUUAUUAGCAUUCCCUGGGCGAAAAAUGGGACAUGUUCAAUUGGUAGAUCUAGCAGAUACAGAUAAACCUCCUCUGGAUAUUGCUGCACAUGAAACCCUCUUAGGAUGUAUAGCUCUUAAUUUACAGGGUACAAGACUGGCUACAGCAUCUGAAAGAGGAACUCUAAUAAGAGUAUUUGACACAAAGUCUGGAAAUAUGUUAUAUGAAUUUCGUAGAGGAACUAAUACAGCUCAAAUUUAUUGUAUUAACUUCAAUGCGGAUUCAACUAUGAUGUGUGUGGCUAGUGAUCAUGGAACCAUUCAUAUAUUUGCAUUAGAAGACCAAAGUUUAAAUAAACAGUCAAGUUUAGCUUCAAAUUUCUUACCGAAAUACUUUAGUUCUAGUUGGAGCUUUUGUAAAUUUCAAGUGCCUAAUGGACCACAGUGUGUUUGUGCAUUUGGAUCAGAAAACAAUUGUAUCAUAGUAAUUUGUGCUGAUGGAAACUACUACAAGUUUGUGUUCAAUCAAAAGGGUGAAUGCUGGAGAGAUAUUUGUGCUCAAUUUCUAGAAAUAACCAAUGAUAAUAACAUUAUUAGUUGAUAUAAAUAUUUGUUUUAAUCGUUUUAUUAUUAUUUAACUAUUAUUAGUUACAUAUUCCAUAUCAUUUUCUUUAUAAAGUAUUAUUUUAUUUGAUAGUUAAUUUUGUUUUAAAAAUAUUAUUUUAAAUAUAACUAGUUAAAAUGUAUUUUUGUUAUUCUUUAUAUUAUUUAUUAUUAUAAAUAUUGGAUUGUUGUAAAUUUCUAUAUAUCUUGUAUAUAAUGAAAAGGGAAAUAUAAAAUACAUUUUCUAUCAUAAAUAUUUAUACUUCCGUCAUUUUAUGAAAUGUGCGAGGCUAAGGUAAACAUGUUUUUCAUUAUACAUGGCAUAUACCUAUAAUAUAUCAAUGAUGAAUUUAUUGACAAAUUUUUUUAAAUUAGAAAUUAAAAUAAUAGACUUGUAAACAGUAUUCCUAUUUUGGAUGUAAAUAAACAGGUUUGACAACAAUGAAAAUAGUAGCCAUAGGGAGGACAUCAUUGUCGUUAGUGUGAGCGGUUGUCGUUGAAAAUGUUGAAAAGUGUAACUGAACUAGAAGGACAAUUUGAUAGUUUGAUGAUGAUAAUGAUAAUAAAUGAUAAUGACAGUUUAUAAUGUGUGUAUUAUUUAACCAAUUAAAAAAUAAAUAUAACUGUUUAAGAAGUAGGUUGUACUUAUUUUUAUUGUAGAAGUGACCUAGUGAAAUGUAAUAAGCUAAAUAAGCUAAUAACAUUAAUUGUAUAACACAUCACUCUUGUAUAAUUGUAAAUAAAACCUAUAGCUGUCAAAUAAUUAAAUUAAA